AUGGAUUUGGGCAAUAAACGUCCAAGAACAACAAUUUCAGCAAAAAGUUUAGAAAUGUUAAAACAUGCAUAUCAAUGUAGUAAUAAACCUGCUAGACAUAUUCGUGAACAAUUAGCUAGCCAAACUGGUUUGGAUAUGAGAGUUGUUCAAGUUUGGUUUCAGAAUCGGCGUGCUAAAGAAAAACGUUUAAAGGUUGAGUUAUUUUAA